GGUGCUGGCAGCGUGGUUGCAGAGCCCCGCAGGGACCUGGGCCGACUCGGACCGCGGAAGGGGGACCAGCGCAGCCAUGUUGGAGGCGUUGGGCUCCCUGGCGGCUGCCCUCUGGGCCGCGCUCCGUCCCGGCACUGCCCUGCUGGGGGCCGUUGUCUUUCUCCUCUUAGCUGAUUUUCUCAAAAGGCGGCGACCAAAGAACUACCCGCCGGGGCCCCCGCGCCUGCCCUUCAUAGGCAACUUCUUCCAACUGGACUUUGACAAGGCGCACCUGUCGCUUCAGCGGUUUGUGAUGAAAUAUGGGAACAUUUUUAGCAUGGAUUUUGGUACAUUUCCUUCUGUUCUUAUAACUGGAUUGCCCUUAAUCAAAGAAGCCCUUGUCCACCAAGACCAAAACUUUGCCAACCGCCCCUUGAUGCCUAUUGAAAUACGUAUCUUUAACAAUAAAGGAUUGAUCAUGUCCAAUGGCCAUGUAUGGAAAGAACAAAGGAGAUUUGCCCUGACAACUCUGAGGAACUUUGGUUUAGGAAAGAAGAGCUUAGAGGAACGCAUUCAGGAGGAGGCUGCCUACCUCAUCCAGGAAAUAGGAGAGGAGAACGGACAGCCUUUCAACCCUCACUUCACAAUCAACAAUGCAGUUUCCAAUAUUAUUUGCUCCAUCACCUUUGGGGAACGAUUUGACUACCAGGAUGAUCAGUUCCAGGAGAUGCUGAGGCUGUUCGAUGAGGUCAUGUAUCUGAGGACAUCAGUGUGGUGCCAGCUCUACAAUGUCUUUCCAAGGAUAAUGAAUUUCCUUCCGGGUCCCCAGCAAACACUCUUUAGUAAAUGGGAGAAACUUAAAAUGUUUGUUGCUCAUGUGAUUGAAAACCACAAGAGAGGCUGGAAUCCUGCUGAAGCAAGAGACUUCAUUGAUGCUUAUCUCCAGGAAAUAGAAAAGCAUAAGGACAAUGCUGCUUCAUGUUUCCAUGAAGAAAAUCUUAUCUACAAUACCCUGGACCUCUUCUUCGCUGGAACAGAGACAACUUCAACCACCUUGCGCUGGGGUCUGCUCUACAUGGCCUUGUACCCUGAAAUCCAAGAAAAAGUCCAAGCCGAGAUUGACAGGGUGCUUGGCCAAUCUCAGAAACCAAGCACGGCCAUGCGAGAGUCCAUGCCCUACACCAACGCUGUCAUCCACGAGGUGCUGAGAAUGGGGAACAUAGUCCCUCUGAACGUACCCCGGGAGGUGGCAGUGGACACCACCCUGGCCGGAUACCACCUGCCCAAGGGCACCGUGGUCACGACCAACCUGACUGCUCUGCACAGGGACCCCGCAGAGUGGGCCACCCCUGACACCUUCAAUCCAGAGCAUUUUCUGGAGAAUGGACAGUUUAAAAAACGGGAAUCCUUUCUGCCUUUUUCAAUAGGAAAGCGGAUGUGCCUUGGAGAACAGUUGGCCAGGACUGAAUUGUUUAUUUUCCUUACUUCACUUCUGCAAAAAUUUACUUUCAGGCCUCCAGAGAAUGAGAAGCUGAGCCUGAAGUUCAGAAUGAGCAUGACCCUCUCCCCAGUCAGCCACCGCCUCUGUGCUAUUCCUAGGGUGUGAAGUUGUCGGGAGGGGGAGAGAGGGGGAGGAAAGAAGGAAGAAUGGGCGUGUCCCCCCAAGGCAGGGCGCCUGCUCAGAAGUGAGGGAGCAGCAUCCAGUGCCUCUAGGACAGGUCACAGGAGCUGGACUCAGAAGGAACUGGAUCCAAACCCCAGCUUUGUCAUCUUCAGUGGAGCCUUAGGAAAUCAGUUACUUUGUGAGUGAUUUGCCAUUUCAUCUAGGAGAUUUAAUCAAUCUUGAGUACUCUUUGGAAGGACUGAUGCUGAAACAGAAGCUCCAGUACUCUGGCCACCUGAUGCCAACGACUGAUUAAUUGGUC